CAGGCAAAAUACAGGGUAGGCAUAAUCAGCUCUCUUACAUACACACAGUCUGUCUUUGUCUGAAAGACACAGCAGUGUAAUUAGUAGGCCUAAGACUAGUUAGAUGUAUGCAGAGUUUGGGCAAAUAGACUAUUGGUACUGGUAGGCUACUUGAUAUUAAUUGAGUGUAUGCAUUUAUGUUUUGAAUGUGUGGCUUGGCAAGCAGACACAGUAAGGUGGUCACAGUGGUGUGGGUUUUCAGAGUUGUGUUGGCAGAUGGGGGUGGGGGAGUGGGUUGCCAGGUAACAUGCUGCGGUUACAUUACCUGCUCAACAGUGUCACUGUGACGCUGAACUCACAAAGAUGCACCCUCCACACACACACACACCCACACACACACACACACACCACAAAACACACAGUGCUGUCCUCUCACAUCAUCGAACAAGAAGUGAGAAUCAGGAGAGUGAGUCUCAACUGUGGAAUGUCUAACUUAGUGCAUGCUGCUCUUCUGAGCGAUUAGAGUAUAUUUAUUCACUGGACUUCAGCACAAGCAGUAAAGGCUUGCGUUUAUGUUUAGAGUGCUUGAGUGUGACAGUUGGUAAGUCUGCGUUAGGAUGAGGGGUUUAUUGCUGGUGUUGCUUGGGACACUGCUGACAUUGGAGGUGAUUCAGAUGAUCACUGCCCAAACUGCAGCAGAUGAUGUGGCUAAUGGAGAUUGCAAGCGGAUGGAUUCUUGUGAUCAGUGUGUGAGCCUUUCCCUCAACAACACAGGCUGUGUUUGGAGGAUCUGUGACAAUGAAAAUAACACUGGGUGUGUAUCUGAUACUGAAGACUUUCAGGGCUGCAACAGGUUAAACGAAACCGACAUGUGUGCAGGCACUGAUAUUGAUAUUGAUAUUGAUAUUGACAUAGGUGAGUGCAUUUUGACACCAAACCAGCUCCUGCUCCGGAGUUCUCCCAGGCAUCCUUUGAUCUGUCCAGCUUCAUUGGGGGGAUUAUUCUUGUACUGGUGCUUCAAGCAGGAGGCUUCUUUGCUAUGCGGUUCCUGAAGACAAAGGACAGCACCUAUGAAACUAUAGAACAGCCCCAGUAAUGGAACAUCUUGAAAACAUAUAAAGAAUUGACGGAUGAUAUCUGGCAUCUUGAUAAUAUGUCAUUAUUAAUUUAUUUCUUAGUUCAUUUUAUGUCACACUGAAUACCUAUAGUUUCUAUCACUAUCUAUGUCUGAGUGCAUUACAUUGAAUAACUACAUUUUCUUUGUUAAGGCAGUUUUCCCUUGUGUUACUCUGUUGAACUGUGUGGUUAUUUUUAAAGAUGAUGUAUGUUGCUUGUUCUGUUUAUAUUUUUUUCUUGUUUAAAGGACAACAUAAUUAUUAAUUUAGACCUUGAUACAAUAAUCUGCAGUUUUGCUCUGUGCUUGUCAGCCUAAGGUUUUAAAUCUCUCCAGAUGUGUGUUAUCCUACGAUGG